CGCCAACGUCCCCGUGGUGGUGGCGACUUCCUCGCUGCACAAUGGUCAUGCUCGCGUUCACCAAGACCAACUGCACGACGCACGACCACAACGCCCUCUUCAGCCACAAGUACCUCAGAACGCAUCGAUCCGGCAGCCUCAAGCUUAUUCGGUACUCCAUCGCACAGUCCGUGCCAAGCCAACGGGCAAGGUGAUGUGUGUGUGUGUGUGUGUGUGCUGCAUAGGUGCUUUCCGCAUUGUUGUCCGACCCAUUCGUACGGCACGUUUUGCUCGACAUCGAUUGAUCUGAAGCUGGUCGGAGUCAAUACGCUGCUGCAAACGAACUUGUUGGCGUUCGCGCGGUUCCAGGAGGCCCACACGAGGGUGUUUGAGGCCGGGGAUGUGUUUGAUGCUCAGCUCAUCCUGGGCAGCUGCCGGUCGAUCCAAAACCCUAAAGGGGACUGGAUGCCGAGCCAGAUUUCGUACCACAACGAGAGUACACACGUCAUGGUGUUCCAGCUGAACCACAACAAUAGUUUGGGAUGGCACUACGGGUGGGUCGGGUCCUCGAACCAGGUGCACCGAGCUUGUUUGCAUCAUCUCGUGGGCUAUGUCGUCGAGUACGCUGGUGGUGAUACCACCAAGUUCCGCGUCGUCCAGUCGACGGCAUCCCCGCCGUUCAUCGUCAUGUCGUAUCGGCGCGCGUGCUACGUGUGCCAGAAGCAUCGCCCGCAGCAUGACCGGACGCCGCCUCCCUCGUCCGACUGUGCCUGCGAAGGCGAGUUCAACAAUAAGCGGCAGCAGCAUGUCAUCCAUACGUCCAUGCAUGUGUCUGGUUCGGCAAGGGCGGACGGGCCGUUGGACGAGCCGACCGCGAUGGAGCGCCACCUGAGUGUCUUCAUCGCGUUUGUCUCGGUCCCGUCCAUCCAUUUCUUCUCGGCGCAAUUGCCGACCCUGAACGAUCGCCUGGUGGACGGGCUGCUGCAGCCGAUGGCAGCGGCGCUGGGAUUGCCUCCCGACCGCACACGAGCGUUGAGUGUGCCGACAACAACGAUUCGACCGGUCGCGGCCGAGUCGACGAUUACCUCAAACCUCGCGUCUCUCAUCUCGUUUUGCUUUGACCUGGCGCUGUCAACACUCACGUUCGAGUCGUUGCAACAGCACGCCUCGUUCUUUUCCGACAAUGCGAUCCACCUGUUGGACCGAGACACUCUCCAUCAAGCAUUUCUCGAGUGGAUCCAGCGCACGCAUCACGUUUUAUCGACGCGGCUCGCGCCCGUCGGCAUGACCAUGGCCCAACUUACUCAAACGAUUUUGCAAACAGCGACCCACGUGCGCGAGCUGCACUCGCUCGAGCGACACAUCAAGGGACUGAACGACGCGGCCGCCUCCGACCAAAAUUCGCCCGGGUUCGACUACUUUGUCGCUCAGCUUCGAGAAGUCUACAUGGCUGGCAACGCAGCUUCCAUCCCAUGCGCCGUCGUGGCAGCUUCGUCCAAAUUUGACGGGCGAUGGAUGUACCAUACCACAGUAACGGUCGUGUACGGGGCGGCCACGUCCCCCGAGUUGGAUUUUUCGUUGGCCACAUUCCUGCGAUGCCUCACGAUGGGGUAUUCGUUUCAGGUGCGGCUGGUCGACGACCACGUCUUGCAGAUCAAGUCCGACUUGAUGGCGUAUAACACGAUGUGGUCUGAAUUCAUCCUGGACUCGACGCCGAGGGUGUUUCGAGUGUUCCCGAACGGCGAAAGCAGCAUGACCCAGCUCUCCGGCUUGCUCCACGGCGACUACAUUGGUCGAAAGCUGGGUGAAGAUAUCGUUUGCGUCGACGUGUUCAGCUGGCCAUGGGCUCAACAAACAAACAUCAGCCGUGUCACAGUCAUGCUGCAGCUCGCGCCAGACCAGUCGGCGCUGACUGUGUCGUUGGCAGUCGGAACAGCGGCCCUGUCCAGCGCCUCCGACGACGCCCUUGUCGACUUUGCAACGCUCUCCGCUACCGAGCGAUAUGCCAGCUAUAACACGGACAAAGAAGUAGCGAGUGCAAAUGUGUGCUUUCGAUACGCCCCAUGCAAAUAAAAAGACUCGUUAAGGCGUUGUGAAGACAGCAGAUGCCGCCAGUGAAUACCACUCGACUUUUUUC